UGACAGUCCCCCUUGAAAUAAGACAUUUAGAGGGUAAAGGCCACACAAGGUAGGCAGGACACACGCAACAGUCAACCAGCUGACAGUAGAGAGGCUAGAUACACUCGGCAGUCAACCAGCUGACAGUAGAGAGGCCAUUCAGUUCCUUUUGUUGUUUACAACCAUCCUGAGACCCUUUCUGGGUGAACAAAAAAGCCAGCAGCUGAAAGAGAAAGAGAACUAGAGAGAGAGACGGAGAACAAGAGAGAGAGAGAGACGGAGAACUGUAUCUUCAUUGGGUGAGGAAGACUUCACUAUCUAGCCGGUUGCCAUGAGAUUCCCCAAGCUGCCCAACCCAGGUCUGGAUGACCGGAUCCCGUCUCAUAAGGAGCUGGAGAGGAUGGAGAAAGAGGAGGCUGGGGACAGGCCCAAAUGGGACAACAAGACCCAGUACAUGCUGACCUGUGUGGGCUUCUGUGUGGGGCUGGGGAACGUGUGGAGGUUCCCUUACCUGUGUCAGAGCCAUGGAGGAGGAGCGUUUAUGAUCCCGUUCCUGAUCCUGCUGGUUCUGGAGGGGAUUCCACUGCUGCACCUGGAGUUUGCCAUCGGACAGCGCCUCAGGAGCGGCAGUGUCGGGGUGUGGGGCUCUGUCAACCCUUACCUCACUGGCAUUGGUAUUGCCUCCAUGUUGGUAUCAUUCCUGGUUGGGAUGUACUACAACACCAUCAUGGCCUGGAUCAUGUGGUACCUCUUCAACUCCUUCCAGGACCCCUUGCCUUGGAGUCAGUGUCCCCUCAAUGCAAACAAGACAGGUCUGGUGUCAGAAUGCGCACGGAGCUCCUCAGUGGAUUACUUCUGGUACAGAGAGACACUGAACACCUCUACGGCCAUAGAUUUAUCUGGAGGCCUUCAGUGGUGGAUGGUGCUAGCCCUGGUGUCUGCCUGGACCUUACUCUAUGUCUGCUGUAUCAGGGGGAUUGAGACUACUGGCAAGGCUGUGUACAUAACAUCCACUCUGCCCUACUUGGUGCUCACCAUCUUCCUGAUCCGAGGACUGACUCUCAAAGGUUCUCUGGAUGGAGUCAAGUUCCUCUUCACGCCCGACGUGAAUGAGUUGAUGAACCCGUCUACCUGGCUGGAUGCAGGGGCACAGGUGUUCUACUCUUUCUCCUUGGCCUUCGGAGGUCUCAUCUCAUUCUCCAGCUACAACUCUGUACACAACAACUGUGAACAGGAUGCUGUCAUCAUCUCCAUCAUCAACGGAGCCACCUCCGUCUACUCUGCUACCGUCAUCUACUCCAUCAUAGGCUUCAGGGCCACGGAGAAGUUUGACGACUGCUCGGAUGGUAACACCACGGCCCUUGUGAAUGCAUUUGAUCUCCCUGAGCACUUCCUCACUGAGAACAACUAUGAGGAAGUUCUUCAACAUUUCAACAGCACAUCGCCAGAUAUCAUCCAGGGAUUAAACCUGAAGACCUGUGAUCUACAGCAGUUUCUCAGUCAGGGUGUGGAGGGAACUGGUCUGGCCUUCAUCGUGUUCACAGAAGCCAUCACCAAGAUGCCUGUCUCUCCUCUCUGGUCCAUCCUGUUCUUCAUUAUGCUCUUCUGUCUGGGACUGUCCACCAUGUUUGGGAACAUAGAGGGGGUCGUGGUGCCCCUUCAGGAUCUCAACAUCUUCCCCAAGUGGCCCAAAGAAGUCUUAACAGGCGUCACUUGUAUCGUUUGCUUCACGGUCGCUCUCAUAUUCACCCAGCGGUCUGGUAACUACUGGCUGGCUCUGUUCGACGGCUUUGCCGGCUCCAUCCCUCUCCUAGUCAUCGCCUUCUGUGAAAUGGUGUCUGUUGUUUACAUCUACGGGAUCGACAGGUUUAACGCAGACAUAGAGUUCAUGAUUGGACACAAGCCCAACCUGUUCUGGCAGGUGACUUGGAGGUUCGUCAGUCCAGUCAUCAUGCUGGUGAUUUUCAUCUUCUACUUCGUCACCCAGGUCAGCGGAGAGCUGACCUACCUCGUAUGGGACCAGGAAGCGGAGGAGUUCCCUACUCUGGCAGACCGUCAGUAUCCCGACUGGAUCUACUUCAUCAUAUUUAUUUUGGCUGGCAUUCCCAGUCUGGCUGUCCCUGGAGUCGCCAUAUUCAAAUUCACCUACAACCGCUGCUGCCAGAAAGACAACGGCUUCAGAGAAGACACCAUCAACUCUGUCUCUGCUAAAAUACAGAUGAUAGAAAAACCGAUGGACUAAAAGUAACAGGUUCACCUUCAGUUCUGGAUUUCAAUGAAAAGUUGUUUUUACCUUGUCAGCUCGGGGGAUUCGUCCCCGAGGUCGGUGUCGGCACGCUGCUGGAGCCGCGUGUCAACGGGGUGGGGGGGGGUACUGUCAAGACUUCCAUCAAAGUUGUUCCCUCUCCUUGUUCGGGCGGCGUUCGGCGGUCGACGUCACCGGCUUUCUAGCCGCCACCGAUCCAUGUUUCAUUUUUCCUUUUGUUUUGUCUCUUUACACACCUGGUUCCCAUCUCAUAAUUAAUGUUCCGUAUUUAACCCUCUCGUUUCCCUUUCUGUUUUGUGCGUGAUUGUCUUUCGUUGUAUUCCGGUGUGAUGUAUUUUGAGUCCUGUUUUGUCCUUGUUUGGAACGGGAUUUUGUUACGUUUUGGAGUAAAUCAGUGAUUGUUACUCUUAUCUGUGUCCUGGGCCCGACUCCUUCGCUAUCUUUUAGAUAGACUCUGACAGCUGUAACUUAACAAAAUGUGGAAAAAGUCAAGGGGUCUGAAUACUUUCCGAAUGCUCUGCAUUUUACUUGCUUUGGCAAUGUAAACAUACAGUGG